AUGACAGCUGAGAGCACCAAAGCCAGUGGGCCCAGGCGGGAGCCAGAGGCAGAGGGCACCAAGCCAGCGGUGCCCCCAGCCCCACCGCGGCGCCGGAGGCGUCGGCUGCGGCGCAAGUCCCCACCGGAGGUCCAGGUGAAGGGGCAGCUCCGCAUGCGCUCACCCUCAGGAGCCUUCGUCAUGGUGGGCAUCUCGGUGGUCCUGGUGGGCAUGACCAUCGCUGUGGUGGGCUACUGGCCCCACCGGGGAGCUGGGGCGAGCGGGGCCAGCACAGGGAACGGCAGCACCUCGGGGGACGUGAGGAGGGAGGUGGCCCCGGCGAGGAGCCAGGUGCCCCACAGCGAGAAGCUGAAGCUGAUCGGCCCUGUGAUCAUGGGCAUCGGGCUCUUCAUCUUCAUCUGCGCCAACACCAUGCUCUACGAGAACAGGGACAUGGAGACCCGCCGGCUGAUGCAGAAGGGGCUCUACGCCAUGGCAAGGGGGCGCCCCGAGGGGGCCGUCCCUGAGGAUGGGCACUGCCAGCGUGAGGAGGGCCAGCCUGUCCCCAGGGCCAAUGCUGAGUGCGUGGAAGGCUGCUACCAGGUGGAUCUCUCCUGCCAGCCCUGCCACAGCCCUAGCAGCAAGUGGUCUGACUGCUACGGCCCCAACAGGCUGCAGGCCAUGGCCGAGUUCCUCCAGCACCCAGCAGCGUCCCCCGCGGCCUCCCUCCUCAGCCUCCGCUCCGGUGCCUCCACUGAGGCCAACCUUGGCCUCUCCUGCCACACUGGAGCUGAGUCCUUGGUGUCCUCGGCCGUGGGCGCCUUGGCCUUGCCUGUCAUCAAGCUGAACAACUGCUUGCUGGACGCGGCAGCGCGGGGGGCUGGGCUGGCAGCGGAGGGGGAUCCCACCCAGCCCCUCCCUGAGGCUCCGCAGCUCUCCACCAGCAGCAGCAAGGUGCCCCCCGGCCAGGGCCGAGGUGGUGGCAGUGGCCAUGUUGUCAUCAACAUGGAUGGCAGCUGCCCCAGCGCGGAGCUGGCGAUGGCAGAGCUCAGCCUCGAUGCACAGCUCCACACCCCAGGACACUCCAAGUCCCUGGACCUCGGCCGGCCGGGGGUGCUGCUGGUGGCCUCCAUCAAAGACCGUAAGAACCGGAGCUGGCCCCGCCUGGACCAGGUCAGCCUGGUGGGUUACACCAAACUGGAAAGCACUGGCGAGUCCUCGGACCAGCUGCUGGAGCACUGCCAGCCCCCCGGCCGGGGCGAGCCCCGACCCAGCUCCUGGGCAGUGGGAACGGAGCAGGGCUCACAGGUCUGA